AUUGCAUUUUAAUCCUACGUAGCGGAUGUCAACAAACUUCAUAGCAACUUACAGUGCAUGGUGCUAAUUAAGUUUUAAAACGUUUGUCCUGCAAAAAUAAUUUGAGAACAAUGUCUUUCUUUGGGUUGACACAGUUGGGUUACCAAAAUACAAUCCGUGAGGGAAUGGUCCAAGCCAAAAUGGAUCCUCUUCGUUCAAAAACUCAAAUUGGAUUUGUAGCCCUCCCCCCUUUAACAGAGAAAAAUCCUCCCAGGCGGUCUAUUGUACCGAUCAAUCAGGUGUCAGGUUAUGGACCUGGACCACAAGGCUCACACGUGGAACACACUAGGAUGCGGGCAAAGCAUAUUCGUACUCCGAAAGAACCCUUUGAGAUAUAUAGGUUCCCUCUUCACACAUCUAGACAAGUGGGAUGGUGGACACACGAGGAACCAUUAAAGAAGAGCCAACCCUGGACCCAUGUUCCUCGUCAUGUUCAUGUCAACAGCGAAAUGACCAGAUUUGUGAAUGAAAUGAGCCUAACUAAUAGGGAGUUCACCUUGUUUUAAUAUUUCUGCCACAGUGAUCAUGACAUGAACUAUGUGGACACUGGAUAAAUGUCAAAAAGAGGGACUAAAACUGGGAUAUUUUAAGCAAAUUUUAUAUCUAUUUCUGUAUACCUCAGUUAUUGUUGGAGUACUGUAAAUUUAUUUAGCAAAAUUCAUUAGAUGGAAUGCGUGUUACGAUAAUGAAAUUAUACUAUUGCAUAAUUGUUAUUGUUUGAAUUUGAAAGUAAUUAUGACAUUAAUGAUUAUAUUACCUGUAAUUAGAGAUUUUUUUUUAUAUCUUAGCAGUACUUGGUAUACCUACAGCAUUAUUCAGAAUAAUCUUUUUUAACAUUAAUAAUUUGUACUAUGUUUGUGUUGCAUUCAUUAUAACUCGCAUCAAUGAAGGAAAUACACUAUACACCAGUCAUUCUCAAUAUAUGACCCCAUUUGUGUCCGAAUAAGAACUAAACAGUAAGACCUCAUACUUUGACUACUGCUUUAGUAUUUAACAAACUUAAUAUCAUAAUUGUUAAGUUAAUUGUUAAUUAACAAAAAGAGAAAGUUUGAGUGAUUAGUAUCUCACAAUCAGUUUAAAAUUUAGUAAAACAGAUAAAUUUCCAAGCAAGUUCAUAUUGGCAUUUGACACAUUAACUGUUGUACAUAGGAUUUGAUAUUCUGUUCAAUGUGUAUAGAUGUAUGCUCUACAUUAUGAAAAUUUGCACCAAUUCUUGGAAUCAUGGAAUUGAGAGUGACUGAAAUACUAAUUUGGAAAUUGUAAUUCUGUUGUCUUAUUCCAUUAGUUUUAUACAUGACACUCCAAAGUCUGAAGUAGAUUUUAAUUUGGCUUUGUGCAUUUUUUAUUGUUUUGUUGUUGUUUUUGAGGUUGUUUUUUUUUUCGUUCAUCACAUUUUCAAGGCGACAUUAAUGAAAAUUUACUUUUUGAGUAGAAUUUUAUAAUCCACCCAAAAAGAGAUUUUUAAAAACUUUAGUAGUUUCAUUUAUGAGCUUAGAAAUCACAUUACAUUAUACUUUUUCAUGAUUUAAUCUGAAUCUAAAUUUAAUCUUGGUUUUCUUACUGAACAAAAUCUACUUUACAAAUUACUAGGCCCUAAUAAUUUUUAAAAUUAUCUUCAUUAUUGAUCAGUCAGCAAAUUCACACCUUAGGUUACUGUAGUUUUAAUGUAUAUAUGCCAUUUGUAAUGUACGAGUUUUUGUCUGAUGUGAAUUAGGUUAUAAAAAUGUGCAUUUUGCAGUUGAAUUUUUGCACUUUCUAAUAUCAUGAUAUCCUACAACUUUUUGUUGGUGUAACUUAACAUUGCUUUUUUCUGUAAAGUCUACCGUUUUACUUCAAGAAUCAUGUGUUCACGUCAAUUUUUGAUAAAUAUUUGUUGUUUUUUCUCAAUAAAUCAAAAAAUCAAAACAUCUCUGUA